UUCUGAAAGGACAUUUCACCGGAAGUGUUGUUGUUGCUCUGCCCGUUGUGCCUGAACUGCUGCUUCCUUGUUUAUUUGGUUUUACGAAAAAAAGGUACCUUUAAAGUUUUUUUUUCUUUCUCAAUAAACGGGGAUACCUACGCCACACGAUUUCCAAAUCGCAAACUACUAGAAGUGCUCACACAGCGAAAACUGUCAUACUGUCUAAUCCGGAUCCGACUUUCACUCCGGACCAAAGAUUCGGUCUGAAUGGCCACAGCUGCAGAGGAGCCUCCAGAGCUGCAGGGCCCCUCUGGAAUUUCAAUUGGGACCCGAAAAAAUGCUUCUCCCGAGAGUCCAAGCACCAGUCACAUGUCUCCGGCCAUGAAAAAGACAAUCGGCCAUCGUGGAAUUGAUCGCACUGGGGAAACGACAUACAAGAAGACAACAUCUUCCGCCCUACAAGGCGCCAUCCAGUUAGGCAUCGCGCACACGGUGGGCAGCUUAAGCCAGAAGCCUGACAGAGAUGUGCUGCUGCAGGACUUUGAAGUAGUUGAAAGCAUCUUCUUUCCCAGUGAGGGCAGUAACCUGACACCGGCCCACCACUAUGGAGACUUCAGGUUCAAGACGUAUGCCCCAAUGGCCUUUCGGUAUUUCAGAGAGAUGUUUGGCAUCCGACCUGGUGACUAUAUGUACUCGCUCUGUAAUGAGUCGAUGAUCGAGCUAUCAAACUCUGGGGCGAGUGGAUCCCUCUUCUACGUCUCCAGUGAUGAUGAGUUCAUCAUUAAGACAGUGCAGCACAAAGAGGCGGAGUUUCUGCAGAAACUGCUCCCAGGUUACUUCAUGAACCUGAACCAGAACAAACGUACCUUAUUACCAAAGUUUUAUGGGCUCUACUGUGUCCAGGCAGCGGGUAAGAACAUCCGUAUAGCAGUCAUGAACAAUCUUCUCCCGAGCGCCGUACAAAUGCACUUCAAGUAUGAUUUAAAGGGCUCCACCUACAAGCGACGGGCCUCCGCUAAAGAGAAGGAAAAGUCUGUUCCCACAUACAAGGACCUGGACUUCCUGCAGGACAUGCAGAACGGGCUGUUACUGGAGGGGGACAAGUAUAGUGCGGUUUGCAAAACCAUCCAGAGAGACUGCCUGCUUCUGCAAAGCUUUAAGAUUAUGGACUACAGCCUUCUCGUGGGAAUCCACAAUGUCGAUCAAGCAUUUCAAGAACAGGCCAGCAAAGAGGCGGUGGCCGGGGCCGUGGACCACCGGAAGCCACAAGGCCAGAAGUCCCUGUACAGCACUGCUAUAGAGGCCAUCCAGGCGGAGGCGGGGAGCACGGGAUCACCGGAGACCGAGGACCAAACGGGAGGAAUCCCAGCAAGAAACUCAAACGGGGAGAGGCUGCUGGUGUAUAUUGGUAUUAUCGACAUUCUGCAGUCUUAUAGAUUCGUAAAGAAGCUUGAACACUCGUGGAAAGCUUUGGUUCACGAUGGGGACACUGUAUCGGUACACAGACCCAGUUUCUAUGCAGAAAGAUUUCAGAGGUUCAUGUGCCAUUCAGUCUUCAAGAAAAUCUCUUUAAAGACCUCGCCAUCGAAGAAGCGACGUAAUCUGUCACAUGGCCCGUUGAGGAAGCCACCUGGCACUGGGCCUGCUCUGAUGGCCCAAACAAGCAGCAACAGCCAGCAGUCUUUCCUCCAACACCAAGUCAGCUCCGAGACUGAAGGAGACAACGUCAUGCAGUCUGGUCGUCCUGACCUCCUACCAAAGAUCUUACCACCCGGCAAAGAUGUUGGCAGCGCUAUUGAAACCCCCGUCUCCUCCUCCUCGGAGAACCCUGGAUUUGUUGCCACAAGUCAGCCUCCGCCUCAACCUCAGGACGUGAAUACAAACAACACGCAGGCCAAAGACCAGGAGCUCAGCUGCCUAAAUGAAGCUCAGUACGACGAGGGUGUGAUCUCACUCAGUGGCAUUAUUCCCAACGCAGGCAAAUGCGCUGUGUAAACGAAUGAACUUUAAAUGAACCGAGACCAACUUGGAAGAUGUCAUCAAGCCCACCUGGUUUGACCGAGGUAAAGCUUACAGUGCCUCGGCAAAGUGGGACAUUAAAUGUUAUUGCUGUUAUCGUUUUGCACUAUGAUUGCCAAAUCUCAACAUAGUAUGAGCAUGUCAGUGGGCGGUUUUGUCCUGACACUAGUAAUUGUGGGUACAUUAGUGCUGUGGUUAUUGAACACUAUUAUUCAUCUCAUAGGAACGCUUCCAUGCACAAACCAACCCAGUUCUGAAAACUCAGCCUGCAAUUGUCUCCUUUUUAGAAUUACUUCCUCAACUGUGUUUAAUAGAUGCUGUAGCGCACUGUUGUGCACACUCAUCUCUGUAAGUGCGUCUGUCCCACCGCCCAAAGGUCCGAGCCUACAGUAGGGUUCCUGCUACAUGGAUGUCUUCACAAAAAAACAUAUUGUUUGGGUUGGAAACACGUACAACUUUUUAAAUUUUUUUAAAGCUAUUUCCUUGUGCAUUGUUGGGACGCUGAGGUUUUUUACGCCUACUCUGAAUGUACAUCGUGCUGGAAGAAGAGAUGAUCCUCACCUCGUGGCUUUUAUUUAAUCAACUGUUAAUAAUAGACUGUGAAUCCUUAAUGUCACCUCAUGUUCAGGUCAAAGGGUUUUAUUCAAAUAUGUUUUUAUACUUACACUGUACAGUUUUCAGUUUUGAGAUUUGUUUGGAGACAGGCUUAUGUCUAAAUGUGACCAAAGAAUUAAUACGCUGUGUCAGUUCCCCACGGAUUGAUGAUUGAUUGGAGAGCAUCGACUUACAAUUUGCCACGGCUGAACAAAUAGAAACACAUAACUUAAGUGUCAUUACAUGGUACAAUCACUAGAUUAUAAUAUUUGUUAUGGUAACAGUAAAUGUUUGCAUUAUAAACAGGUGUCCCUUUGUUGCAAUAAAAUGUAAUAAAGCCGUUUCUAAGAGGAUCAAACGUUCUACUUCAGAGUAUUCCUAUUGGUUCAGCUCAGAACACAGUAAUGACAUUCUAACACUGCAGCGCUGGAGAGUCAUAAAGAUCAUCUGCAUUAUUAGGGUAGUUUAUGUAAAGCAUCUGAAAUUAGCCUCCACUAAUAUCAUCAGAUUGCAUAAUAAUAACACUACUGGUUUUAGACCAGCGGUCCGGUCCAAACUACACUACUGAAACAGAAAAGUUGUGGCAGCAGUAUCAGUUUAGACCUGAAGAUGUAGUGAUUUGCACAAAGUGACAGCGUCAGUAACUUGGUCUUACGGCACAUGAGUGUAAAAAAAUUUAGUUUUUUUUUCUUUUGGAUGAUAUUUGAACAUGUGUUUUUAUUUUUUAACAUUCAGAUUUUUUCUUGUGUGUUGUUGUCUGUCCCUUGUUCUCUUGAUUACUUUCACUAAAGUAACCAGGAGGGACCAAACAGAACUGGCGUAGUAGGAUGUACUGGUCAAAAUAAAUUUAGAAAUAUCUGUUGGUUGGAGUUUGGACUUUCCUGCUGAAUAUUUUAAAACUAUAAAAACAACAUUUCUGUAACAUGUAUUUUUUACUAACUAUUUCUAUACGAAGGUAAAAAGCUACGUUCAAAUGUAAUAUAUGGAUUACUCAAAUUUGAGGCAUCUUUUUUUCUCCCCUUUACUCUUGUCAACCAGAUAUAAAAGCGGAUAUUUUCUCACCAAUUAACAUUUAUGGCAGUUUGAUUGUUGUAUUAUUUUCAGCUUUUUCUUCUUCCUUCUAUUAAAAAAAUACUUUGAUUCAUUUUUCGGAAAUACUUCUAUUAAAACGAUUGUGUUACUUUUAUGAUCUUAACCAUACCUAAGUAACAUAACCUUUUUUUUCUUUUGCUGGAAUUUCUCAAAAGGGAUACCUCCGUUCAGUAAAUUCACUUUAUGUUGAUUUGUUGAUCGUUGCUUGUCAUUUAAAUUGUGCCUCUGUCCUCGGCUGAACUGGUAAAUCCAUUAAAGCGUGUGCUUCAUGGGACGGGUUAUCCAAAUACAUGGAUUUUCGAGACAGCCCGUAGCUACGGUACAGUAGUAAACUUUUUUCAUUAAGAAAACAUGGCUAUCUGGUGUGUAAAAGUACAAAUGACAAAACUGGUAGACGUAUCAUUAGUUGUUCAGUUCCGGUUUUAGCACUAACAAUUAAUGUGCACUGCUUGAAUGUUAAAAUGUUCAAUGUUUAUAAAUCUGAAAUGUUUUGUAAUACAUGUUUAGUGUGAAAGCCACAUUUAAUCAGUAGCUUGAAAGAUGCUUCAACUACGCAAAAAAUAUUCUAUGUUUACAGCAUUUUACUGUAUUCCUGAGAGUAUAGAGUGGUGCAAUAUCUUAAAUGAUGACAAUUUUCCAUCUAAGAAAAGGUACACAUGCUACAUGUUGUUUUCUACAUCCUGUUAAUGGUAUGUGGAGGAAUUUUACUCUGCUCGCUGUUGUAUUUCAAACUAUGUCUUAUGGUAUGAACUGUAUUUUAGUAUUUAUUACUGAAUGUUCUGCUUUGGUGUCCAAAAUGUUUAUAAAUGGGGGGGUAUUGAUUGAAUAUGUGCCUUUAGUUGAACAAGCCUAUAUAAAAAGGCAUGCAACUGUUACUGGGUAAAACCUGUCUUUGUUGAACCAAUUGGUAAAUCCUCCUGUGACUUUUUCUGUAUUGAUUGUUUAUUGGUCUUCACAUGCCUUUGACUUAUAUACAUUAAAUGUGUGCACAACAGCCUGCAUGGAUCACAAAAAUGCCUUUACGACAAUAUAUAUUCAGUUGUUUUCUCUCUUGCUCUUAUGUUUUUUAAACUUAUAAACUGGAGUUAUUAAAGUUAA